GCUAGUCAGUCCUCAGUCAGCCGCUACUUGGUACAGAGACCCACAGGCAGCAGCAUGAAGCUCGAGAGCAUUGUACCCAACUUCACGGCGCCAUCCACGCAGGGUCCACUGGACUUCUACAAGUGGAAAGGCAACUCGUGGUGUGUUUUGUUUUCGCACCCGGCUGACUUCACGCCAGUGUGUACCACAGAGCUGGGACGCAUCGCCGUCCACAACCCAGAGUUCCAGAAGCGAGGAGUCAAGCUGCUGGCGCUCUCCUGCGACAAGCUCAAGGACCACGUCGACUGGGUCAAUGACAUCAAGUCGUACUGCAAGGACAUUCCGGGGGACUUCCCGUACCCCAUCGUCUCCGACGAGACGCGCGAGCUGGCCGUCAAGCUGGACAUGAUCGACGAGCGCGACAAGGACAACGUGGAGAAGGCGAUGACGGUGAGGGCCAUGUACGUCAUCGGACCGGACAACCGACUUCGCCUGUCCAUGGUGUACCCCGCGUCCUGCGGCCGGAACGUCGAUGAGCUGCUGCGCGUGAUCGACUCCCUGCAGCUGACGGACCGGCUGAAGGUGGUGGCCACUCCCGCCAACUGGACGCCCGGCACCAAGGUGAUGAUCCUGCCGCACGUGCCCGACCAAGACCUGCCCAAACUCUUCCCUGGCGGCGUCGAGCGCGUCUCCAUGCCCUCCGGCAACAACUACGUGCGCACCACCACCGACUACUGAGACAACCCAGUUGUACAAGUCGUAAUACUCGUAUUACUGUUGUUUGUGUACCAAAUGUAUUUGUUUUAAAAAUACAUCUUUAAUAAAAGUACUACAAAUAGUUUUUCUUUU